CAAAGACACGCCAUCAUCAACCGUGGGAGCGAAUCUGUGAAUGGGAUAAUGGUGAAGCUACUUCCUUGAUUAGUACUCUUUACACACUGUUCGGUCCUUUGCACUGGACAACGAAUCGAAAUGACGGGGAGAACUGUGAACUGGUGGACUCAUUCCAAAACGGUAGCUCUGAUCUGGCUUAUGUCUGCAUUCUUAUUCUUCUUCUUGUUUCGAAUGGCUAUACUCAAUUCUUCACACGCCGUGGUGCCAUCUUCUUUAGGAAUUGGACCAGAUUCGACAAUUUCAAACUCAGAAAGAAGAUCCAAAUUGUAUCAAAAGAUGGAAAGAGAUCUAGAUGAGCAUGGAGCUGCUUUCCUAAAACAUGGUUAUACCUCUCAGUCAUUGUCUCUUUCUGAUAUCUUUACCCUAAAGGAUGGGUCGGUAACACCAGUACUAAAGCCAGCAAAACCUCCUGUAAGAGCUAAUGUGUUGUAUUUGAGCACUGAAUUCUCAACUCCCAUAGCGAAGGCUGUAAAGAAUAUUUUCCACCCAUACUUUGAUAAAGCAAUCUGGUUUCAGAACUCUAGUAUGUACCACUUCAGCAUGUUUCACGCCUCCCAUCACAUUGCACCUGUACCUGCCACCAAAGAAGAGAUAGAUGCUGAAGCAUCCUCUGUGCAAGCUGUUGCUCGGACAUUCUGCCCUUUGAAUAUUGUAUUAGAUAGGGUGGUUCUGACUUCAACAGGAGUGCUUUUGGGUUGUUGGCAGGUCAUCUCUGGGACAGAUCCCAUAGCUAUUCGUGCUAAGUUAAGAAAUGUGCUUCCACAUGCACCGGAGAAGCAACUUUAUGAUUCUGCUAUUCUUCACACGUCUUUUGCAAGGCUUUUGGGUCCACCUAAAGCAUUGUCUACGGAGCUGCAUACAACCUCAGACGUACUCCAAUUCUUCCAUGAGCUAGUUAAACGACUCAACACAGACCUCCAUGGGUUCAAGGCAAUGGUGUCUGAACUCUGGUACGUGGAGGAACAUGAUUUGCUUGCCCUUGCACUGAAUGGAAGAAUGAGCAUUCGCAACUUCAAACUUGGCUGCUCGAGAACAUGAAAGCUGAUUCUGAACAGUGACACGGAUGCUUGUUAAUAAAACAUGAUAUUACUUGAUGCAAUGAGGGUUCUGGUAUACGUGUAAUGGCCUCUGAUUACCCACGACGCCGCAGAAUGAACAUUCCCACUUUUACUUGUUGGGUUUAUUAUUGAGUAAUAUUUUUAUUACAGGAGGUCUAAAUUUGUAUAAUCGCGUAAUCAAUUCAGUGUGGUAGUUGCAACUUGCAAGACAUUUUUUUUCCUCUUUGGUCAAUGGCAACACUUUUUAAGCGAUCUUUUAUUUCAUUA